CACUGGGUGAUUGCACAAGGGACUGGCGUGCGCAGGGCGGGAACACCAAUCAGGGAGUACCAUCAGAGAGAACAGUCUGACAUCAUGACAGGGAAAGAAGGGACCGUUCUUUCAGACUCUUUGAAUAAACAGAAAAUGGCUUCGCCCCUAAAACUAGUGGGACUCCAGCACCAACCGUCAAAAAUGGGUUCGAUUACGACACAUAGGUGCACGGGAUUCGGAAUCCAGGAGAUUCUAGGUUUGAACAAGGAGUCUUCCGCGUUCCCGCGGCGUCCGUUGGAAUCUCUGCCGCACAGGGCGCACCUUCUGACGGCUAGGUCGGCUUUGGGCCCCGCGGCAGUCAGGGUUGGAAUGGGAAUUAUUGGUCCAGGAGGGAUUCAUUCGUUUUACAGCCAGCCUGCCUUUCUGGAGGUGUUACAGGAGGCGCAGAGUGUUCACCUUCAGCCGCUCGCCAGGGGACAGCUGGAUGCGCACCACCCCGCAAGCUGUUCUGAUUCAGAUGACGUAUCCUCCAGUGAAAAAACAUUUUCUAAAUCAUCGAUGAGCCAGAACAAGAAAAGAAAGAAGAGACGACACAGAACUAUAUUUACUUCUCAUCAGCUGGAUGAGUUGGAGAAGGCUUUCAACGAGGCCCACUACCCUGAUGUCUACGCCAGAGAGAUGCUCUCCAUGAAGACUGAACUUCCGGAGGACAGGAUACAGGUUUGGUUUCAGAACCGCCGUGCCAAGUGGAGGAAGAGGGAGAAGUGUUGGGGUCGCAGCAGCGUGAUGGCAGAGUACGGCCUGUACGGCGCCAUGGUCCGUCACUCCAUUCCUCUGCCUGAGUCCAUCCUCAAGUCAGCCAAGGACGGCAUCAUGGACUCCUGUGCUCCCUGGCUACUGGGUAUGCACAAGAAGUCCAUGGAUACCCCUGUUCCGACCUCUCCUGGAAAACUGGAAGCUCCCCAUUCCCAUCCACCUGCCAGGGAACGAGAGGGGGAGAGAGUGGUAGAGGAAGUGGAGGAGGAGAGAAGGAGGGAGAAUACCAGGUCGCCCAUAUCCAAAGAGGAACUGCGAGAGAAUAGCAUCGCUGCACUCAGGGCUAAAGCUCUGGAACACAGUGCUAAGAUUCUGGGGACACAUCCUGGUGACGGACCACUGGGAACAGUUUCAAGGGACGGAACAGGGGGACAGCAACACCCGAUGGAGACAGAGGACAAACAGGCAGGAGGACAAACAGUUGGACAGUUGAAGCCUGCAGUGGAGAUAGAGGCCAGUCACUGAUAUGGAUGCUCUUCUUCUAAAGAAGUUGAUGCCCUCUCUGUAAAGAUCACUGUUUACAUAUUCCUGACGUCCAUGCUAUCAUAAACAAGAUGGUAUCGGUCACAAUACACAAUAUUCUUGGCAGCGCAAAAGUUUCACAACGUUCCUUUGACACCAAGACCUGAUAAUGUCAACCUCGAAAUCCUCCUGUCGUGGGGAUCAAUUUUGUACAGAUUACAUUUUCCAUCAUGGGAAUUCCAAAUCCCAUGCCUCAACUAUACCCUGGUCUAUAUCAGUCCACUAUUUAGUAAUCUGGCAGCUUGCUACUCGGCAACUUUAGGAAGAUGAACUAUUUGGUUACAUAGAUCAGUCUCUACACUGAUGUACUGGCCCAUAUUAUUUUACGGUAAUCUGCAAACCAGACAAGGUGAAAGAUACAUGUCAUGAUAAAAUGCUGUGAAAAAAAUAUGCAUGGUCUCUUGUGAAAUGAUGUGUAAAAACAAGAGACUAAUCUUGGAGAGGAUUCAUGGACCUUUUUACACUAAAUAUUAUCUUGAAAUGUAUAUGGUGGAUUUCUCUGAUAUUGUCAUUAUUUAAAAUGAAAUAUAGCUACUGUCAUGUAGUUGGAAAUCAACAAGCUGUGUUUGUUUUGUCUCCGUGUUCUGUAUAUUAAAAUAAUAAUA